AUGCACCUGGCUAAUAAACUACGACCUGAUCUCGACAUACAAUUUUAUUCAAGACCACCACCACCACCACCACCACCAGCAACACAAACAUUUUUCCAAACCAAAGAUCCAAUUAUGAAUUAUAUGAAAUCAGAUGCAGUUUAUUACAUUAAAUGCAAAAAUUGUGAACAUUCGUAUAUUGGAAAGACGGAAAGACAAUGUUUAAGAAGAUUACAUGAACAUGGUGCACCGAAAACUACGUUCCAACAACAUCAACAACAGGACAACCAUGUAAGUGAUGAUCUUAAAACUAACAACAUUGUAGAAUUAAGAAGAUCAUCACGUAUCAAAAAUAAGUUAGCUGCAACUGUAACAGCAACAGCAUUAAGAACAACAGUAGCAACAACAGCAACAUCUUCAAUAACAACAGACGAUGACAACAACGAUAAAAAAUUACCAUGA